UGGGAAGUUUCCAUGAGAAAACAUCCACGCCAUCGUAACUUGCUAAAAGAUGAUCAACCUUUGGAAAUUUUAGAAUAUGAAAAUGCAAAUAUUGAUUUCAGUGGUAUCGCAGAUUCAGGUCAAUAUUACGACAGUAAUCUCAUUGAGAGGCUUGCUUCUUAUGCAUCAGAACUUAACAUGAAUGAGCUAAUAACUAAGGAAUGUGAAUUUAACGAAACUCUCAAAGAUUUCUGGAAGCAAACACAAGGAAAAAUUGUUUCGGAGAAGGAUUCUUGGGAAAAAUUUUAUGCUCGAAUUGGAAGCUGUGAUUUAUAUAGAGACGUUGAAGUAAUUGAUAGGUUAUUGAAUGAUCUUCACACAUUGCAAGUAAACAAUGUAGCUAUUAUGGGUGGCGGUACUCAAGUCAAAUUAGUUAUUACAUUUGAAAAUGAUGAACAAGCAGUCUUUAAGCCGAUGAGGUUCGGCCGAGAUUACGAAACUGAUCCGAAUCACUUUUAUUUUAGUGAUUUCGAGCGCCACAAUGCUGAAAUAGCAACAUUCCACUUGGACCGAGUUAUUGGUUUUCGUCGAGCUGUGCCAACGGUUGGUCGAGUAUUCAACAUGACGUCGGAAUUAAUGGAAAAAGCCGAGAAAGUACUUCAAAAGACUUUUUUUAUAUCACCAGCCAAAAAUCUGUGUUUUGUGAGUAAAUGUGAUUAUUACUGUGAUACGAAUCAUGCGAUAUGUGGAAAACCAGAUUUGAAAGAGGGCUCAGUUCAAGUUUUCCUACCUGACGAUCGUGGAGUACCACGGAAAAAUAAUAAAUCACCUUAUAGAAGGCAAAACUUUCAAAAAUUUUUAAUUCUCUUCUAUAACAAUCUGGACCGACAUCAUUACGAAACUUUUACUGUUUUUGAUGGAAAGCCAGUAUAUCCAAUUCACUUGGACAAUGGAAGAGCCUUUGGACGAACUGAUAUCGAUCACGAUGAUAUUUUAUAUCCGUUACAGCAAUGUUGCUUAAUUCGCCCGUCAACUUUACGCACUUUAAUGAAUUUUUAUCGAGGACCUCAAUCCUUAUCACAAGCUUUACACAAGUCAAUGUCUGCUGAUCCAGUUAAACCGAUUCUCGCCACAAAGCAUUAUUCGGCACUUGAACGACGGUUGUAUAAAAUAAUGUUGGCCAUCGAUAAAUGCGUAAAACAACAAAAAAAUGGAAUCAAAGAUGUCGUAAUGGCGGAAUACCAUAGUGAUGUGAAUAUUUCUUAA